GCCCCGCCGAUACACACGCCGCCAUGCACAGUUCCGCCCUCGUGUGCUCGCUGCUGCUGGUGUCGCUGCUGGCAGUCCGCGCGCUGCCCCUCCAGGGGGGCGCCGGCGGCUUCAGGGACAUGGAGGUGGGCCCUGACCCGGAGUACGUGAUGGAGCUGAUAGAGCGCCUGGGGCAGUCCAUCAUCCGAGCCAACGACCUGGAGAACUCCAAGCGAGGGCUGGACCUGGGGCUGAGCCGCGGCUUCUCGGGCUCCCAGGCCGCCAAGCACCUGAUGGGCCUCGCCGCGGCCAACUACGCGGGAGGCCCUGGUCGCAGGAGGCGGGACCUCGCUUAGACACGCCCCCACAUGUAACCCUGUGUACCGUGCUGCCAAUAAAGUAGCGAGGCAGUGACCUCCCACCACAUCAGCGUGUUUGACUUACCCUUCCCACAUCCAUACCACCGAGCACCUA